AUGUACAUGGGGUCCAAUGAAAAGCUUCAGGUAGACCAGCAGUCACCAUUACCGUUACGUUGCCACUACUUUGGCCGUUUGCACAGCAUGUGCCAUGAGGAAGCAGCCUGUCUCCCAGGUGAGAAGGCAGCAGGUAAAGGACCAGCUGAUUCGCACCCUCACCUGAUUGAGACCUCGCGAGACCAAGGUGAGAGAAGUCUCCAAGACCAACCCAACAACGAUCUCGACCUCUCCACUUCCACUCCCACACACUCCCACCACCACCACCACCACCAUGCCCAACCUCUCGCGCGCCCGCGCCCUCAAACAAACCAUCACAGCCAACAUCCCCAUCCUCCACCCCCAAGCCCACCACACCACCCCCCACCCAACCCCCACCUCCGACCCGCAAAACAAGCUCAUCCAAACCCUACGCGACACCCCAAACAAUGA